CGCCCACUCCGAGGAGUUCCGCAGCCUGAAGAAAGGCCCUGCCGAGCCGGAGGACCCCGGGGGACGCCGCCCUGUCCUCUGCAAUCUCGGGUGCCUUCCCGGCCGCGACGGUCGGGCGGGGUGGGGCUCGCCGUCAUCCGUUUACCAGCCUCGCCUCUCGGACGGGCGCGCCGUUAAUGAGAUUAGCAAUUUAAAAACCAGCUAGCUGCGUCGGCGGCGGAGGCGCGGGGCCACCUCCAAGCCGAGCCGGGGCGGGACGGCGCGCCUGGAGACCGCGCACCGAGACGGCCGUGCCGGACCCCCAAGCCGGGGCCGAGCGCGCCGAGGCCGGGGCCAUGGAGAAAGCGCGGCCGCUGUGGGCCAACCCGCUGCAGUUCGUGUUCGCCUGCGUCUCGUACUCCGUGGGCCUGGGCAAUGUGUGGCGCUUCCCCUACCUGUGCCAGAUGUACGGCGGAGGUAGUUUCCUGGUCCCCUACAUCAUCAUGCUUAUCGUGGAGGGAAUGCCGCUCUUGUACCUGGAACUGGCUGUGGGGCAGCGCAUGCGGCAGGGCAGCAUCGGCGCCUGGAGGACCAUCAGCCCAUACCUCAGUGGUGUCGGGGUCGCCAGCGUGGUGGUCUCUUUCUUCCUCUCCAUGUACUACAACGUCGUCAACGCCUGGGCCUUCUGGUACCUCUUCCACUCCUUCCAGGAUCCCCUGCCGUGGUCUGUCUGCCCACUGAAUGGUAACCACACGGGCUACGAUGAGGAGUGCGAGAAGGCGUCCUCCACACAGUACUUCUGGUACAGGAAAACCCUCAAUAUCUCGCCGUCCCUCCAGGAGAACGGGGGUGUGCAGUGGGAGCCGGCACUGUGUCUCCUUCUGGCCUGGCUGGUGGUGUACCUGUGCAUCCUGCGUGGCACCGAGUCCACUGGCAAGGUGGUGUAUUUCACGGCGUCACUGCCCUAUUGCGUGCUCAUCAUCUACCUCGUCAGGGGCCUCACGCUCCACGGAGCCACCAAUGGCCUCAUGUACAUGUUCACUCCCAAGGGAUCAUCAGCCCUGUCCUUGCUGGCCUUCCAGAUAGAGCAGCUGGCCAACCCCAAAGCCUGGAUCAAUGCAGCCACCCAGAUCUUCUUCUCACUCGGCCUGGGCUUCGGCAGCCUGAUCGCCUUCGCCAGCUACAAUGAGCCAUCCAACAACUGCCAGAAGCACGCCAUCAUCGUGUCCCUCAUCAACAGCUUCACCUCCAUAUUUGCCAGCAUCGUCACCUUCUCCAUCUAUGGCUUCAAGGCCACCUUCAAUUAUGAAAGCUGCUUGAAGAAGGUGAGUCUGCUGCUGACCAACACUUUUGAACUUGAAGAUGGCUUUUUGACAGCCAGCAACCUGGAACAAGUGAAGGACUACCUCGCAUCUGCCUACCCAAGCAAAUACAGCGAGAUAUUCCCGCACAUCAAAAACUGCAGCUUGGAGUCGGAGCUAGACACGGCCGUCCAGGGCACUGGCUUGGCAUUCAUCGUCUACACGGAGGCCAUUAAAAACAUGGAGGUGUCCCAGCUGUGGUCGGUGCUCUACUUCUUCAUGCUGCUGAUGCUGGGCCUUGGGAGCAUGCUGGGGAACACAGCGGCCAUCCUCACCCCUCUGACAGACAGCAAGAUCAUCUCCAGCCACCUGCCCAAGGAGGCCAUCUCAGGUCUGGUGUGCCUUGUCAACUGUGCCAUUGGCAUGGUGUUCACCAUGGAGGCUGGGAACUACUGGUUUGACAUAUUCAACGACUACGCGGCCACGCUGUCCCUGCUGCUCAUCGUGCUGGUGGAGACGAUUGCUGUGUGCUACGUGUACGGGCUGAGGAGAUUUGAAAGUGACCUUAAGGCCAUGACUGGCCGAGCUGUAAGCUGGUACUGGAAGGUGAUGUGGGCUGGCGUAAGCCCACUACUGAUUGUCAGCCUCUUUGUCUUCUACCUGAGCGACUACAUCCUCACGGGGACCCUGAAGUAUCAAGCCUGGGACGCCUCCCAGGGCCAGCUCGUGACCAAAGAUUACCCGGCCUAUGCACUGGCUGUCAUCGGGCUGCUUGUGGCCUCCUCCACCAUGUGCAUCCCCCUGGUGGCCCUGGGGACUUUUGUUCGGCGUCGCCUCAAAAGGGGAGACGCAGCCCCCGUGGCCUGAGAUGUGGGCUUCCCAGCCGCUCACGGUUUUACAGAUACUAUUUACAGGCAGAAACUCCUCCGCUGCUUUUUCAAAUGCUUAAGCCAGGAGUGCUCAGCCCGUCAACUUCCUGAGUGUCUAAAGAAGAUGAGGAAGGUAUGCAGGAAGAAAACUCCCUUGGGAGAACGCACACCCUCCCAAGGUGGCUGUUCCUCCCCGUCACCUGCCUCCUCAUCAUCGAAGGGGGCAGGCUAUGAAAGCCAGUCUCAAAGAUAACUGCAUCCUUCAUUCCAGGAAAGUCCUAGAAUUAGGGACAUCACAAACUGAAAUAUGACUAUAAUUCUUAUGGGACCAAAUUUAAGCAAUUUUUGUUUUUGGCUGAAGAGAUACCAAAAUAUUAGAGGACAAAUAUUUUUAGAUCCAUUUAAGGAGUUUUGAAGUGCCUAAGAUGACAUGUUUGUCAGUGGUGCAAAAUUAAUUCUCUUCUUUUUUGAGUUGUAGUGAAUAUGCAAUUUCUGUGUUCCCCUUCCACCCUUUAAAUCUUAGGAUGACAAGUUAUAAAGAAAGAAGAUCUUUGUUUGGGACGCCCCAAUCCUUUCUCUAAGGUCUCUGACAGUGGGCCCAGGACCAGACCUCUCUACAAAAAAUGGCCCCAACUACAGUUUGCAACCCCAAACCACAUUAGAAGUCUGUGCAGACAUCCCUCCGUGGUGUCUUGGUGCAUUGGAAAAGGAGUCAGGAGCCACUGUGAGGUGAGAAUGAAAGUGGAUCUCAGCUGGGCACGGUGGCUCACGCCUGUAAUCCCAGCACCUUGGGGGUCAAGGCGGGUGGAUCACUUGAGGUCAGGCGUUCGAGGCCAGCCUGGCCAACAUGGUGAAACCCCAUUUCUACUAAAAAUACAAAAAAAUCAGCUGGGAGUGGUGGCACAGGCCUGUAAUCCCAGCUACUCUGGCUGCUGAGGCACAAGAAUCAUUUGAACUUAGGAGGUGGCGGUUGCAGUGAGCCGAGAUCAUGCCACUCUACUCCAGUCUGGGUGAUAGAGCAAGACUCUGACUCAAAAAAAAAAAAAAAAGUGGAUCUGACUUUCCCAUAGGCUUAAUAUUACAUUUGGACAUCGUGGCCAACUCUAUCAAGACCACAAAUACCACUUACAAUUAAUUUUAAAUUAUUCAUCUGUACAUAAGUUUUCUAAAAUGUCUAUAAUUCAAACAGCGCAUCUUGUAACUGAAGACACACCAUAUCUAUGAUAUCGCAUUAGUCCAUGUGGGGAAAAGAGAGAUCAGACUGUUACUGUGUCUAUCUAGAAAAGGAAGACAUAAGACACUCCAUUUUCAUCUGUACUCAGAAAAAUUGUUUCUGCUUUGAGAUGCUGUUAACCUGUAACUUUAGCCCCAACCCUGUGCUCACAGAAACGUGCUGUAAUGAAUCCAAGUUUAAUGGAUUUAGGGCCGUGCAGGAUGUGCCUUGUUAACAAUAUGUUUGCAGGCAGUAUGCUUGGUAGAAGUCAUCGCCAUUCUCCAUUCUCGAUUAACCAGGGACACAAUGCACUGCGGAAAGCUGCAGGGACCUCUGCCCAAGAAAGCCUGGGUAUUGUCCAAGGUUUCCCCCCACUGAGACAGCGUGAGAUAUGGCCUCAUGGGAAGGGAAAGACCCGACCGUCCCCCAGCCCGACACCUGUAAAGGGUCGGUGCUGAGGAGGAAUAGUGAAAGAGGGAGGCCUCUUUGCAGUUGAGAUAAGAGGAAGGCUUCUGUCUCCUGCUCGUCCCUGGUAAUGGAAUGUCUCGGUGUAAAGCUGACCAUUCCCAUUCGUUCUAUUCUGAGAUAGGAGAAAACCGCCCUGUGGCUGGAGGCGAGAUAUGCUGGCAGCAAUACUGCUCUGUUACUCCUUGCUACACUGAGAUGUUUGGCUAAAGAGAAACAUAAAUCUAGCCUACGUGCACAUCCGGGCACAGUACCUUUCCUUGAACUUAUUCAUGAUACAGAUUCCUUUCGUCACAUGUUUCCCUGCUGACCUUCUCCCCACCUGUUGCCCUGCUACACUCCCCUCGCUAAGAUAGUAAAAAUAAUGAUCAAUAAAUACUGAGGGAACUCAGAGGCCAGCGCCGGCGCAGGUCCUCCAUAUGCUGAGCGCCGGUCCUGGGCCCACUGUUCUUUCUCUAUACUUUGUCUCUGUGUCUUAUUUCUUUUCUCAAAAAAAAAUUUUUUUUUUUUUAACUUCAAUAAAGUAGGUCAAGGUUACCCCUAAAGUGAGCGAGUCCAUUCCUGCUCUAACGUCCAGUGCUUCCUUGAGAUCAUGGAAUUCUGGAGAGUUUCUGUGGAUAUAUUCGCACAGAUAUCUUUGAAGACACACUCACUUGGGACAUUGGCCGGAGAUGUCUUUUUAUUUUUAUUUUUUUUCCUUUUUUUUUUUUUACUUUAGGUUUUAGGGUACAUGUGCACAAUGUACAGGUUUGUUACAUAUGUAUCCAUGUGCCACGUUGAUUUCCUGCACCCAUUAACUCGUCAUUUAGCAUUAGGUAUAUCUCCUAAUGCUGUCCCUCCCCCUCCCCCAACCCCACAACAGUCCCCAGAGUGUGAUGUUCCCCUUCCUGUGUCCAUGAGUUCUCAUUGUUCAAUUCCCACCUAUGAGUGAGAACAUGCGGUGUUUGGUUUUUUAUCCUUGCGAUAGUUUACUGAGAAUGAUGAUUUCCAGUUUCAUCCAUGUCCCUACAAAGGAUAUGAACUCAUCCUUUUUUAUGGCUGCAUAGUAUUCCAUGGUGUAUAUGUGCCACAUUUGCUUAAUCCAGUCUAUCGUUGUUGGACAUUUGGGUUGGUCUCAACUCUCUGCUAUUGUGAAUAGUGCCGCAGUAAACAUACGUGUGCAUGUGUCUUUAUAGCAGCGUGAUUUAUAGUCCUUUGGGUAUAUACCCAGUAAUGGGAUGGCUGGGUCAAAUGGUAUUUCUAGUUCUAGAUCCCUGAGGAAUCGCCACACUGACUUCCACAAUGGUUGAACUAGUUUACAGUCCCACCAACAGUGUAAAAGUGUUCCUAUUUCUCCACAUCCUCUCCAGCACCUGUUGUUUCCUGAUUUUUUAAUGAUGGCCAUUCUAACUGGUGUGAGAUGGUAUCUCACUGUGGUUUUGAUUUGCAUUUCUCUGAUGGCCAGUGAUGAUGAGCAUUUCUUCAUGUGUUUUUUGGCUGCAUAAAUGUCUUCUUUUGAGAAGUGUCUGUUCAUGUCCUUUGCCCACUUUUUGAUGGGGUUGUUUUUUUCUUGUAAAUAUAUUUGAGUUCAUUGUAGAUUCUGGAUAUUAGCCCUUUGUCAGAUGAGUAGGUUGCAAAAAUUUUCUCCCAUUCUGUAGGUUGCCUGUUCACUCUGAUGGUAGUUUCUUUUGCUGUGCAGAAGCUCUUUAGUUUAAUUAGAUCCCAUUUGUCAAUUUUGGCUUUUGUUGCCAUUGCUUUUGGUGUUUUAGACAUGAAGUCCUUGCCCAUGCCUAUGUCCUGAAUAGUAUUGCCUAGGUUUUCUUGUAGGAUUUUAAUGGUUUUAGGUCUAACAUUUAAGUCUUUAAUCCAUCUUGAAUUAAUUUUUGUAUAAGGUGUAAGGAAGGGAUCCAGUUUCAGCUUUCUACAUAUGGCUAGCCAGUUUUCCCAGCACCAUUUAUUAAAUAGGGAAUCCUUUCCCCAUUUCAUGUUUUUGUCAGGUUUGUCAAAGAUCAGAUAGUUGUAGAUAUGUGGCAUCAUUUCUGAGGGCUCUGUUCUGUUCCAUUGAUCUAUGUCUCUGUUGUGGUACCAGUACCAUGCUGUUUUGGUUACUGUAGCCUUGUAGUAUAGUUUGAAGUCAGGUAGGGUGAUGCCUCCAGCUUUGUUCUUUUGGCUUAGGAUUGACUUGGCGAUGUGGGCUCUCUUUUGGUUCCAUAUGAACUUUAAAGUAGUUUUUUCCAAUUCUGUGAAGAAAGUCAUUGGUAGCUUGAUGGGGAUGGCAUUGAAUCUAUAAAUUACCUUGGGCAGUAUGGCCAUUUUCACGAUAUUGAUUCUUCCUACCCAUGAGCAUGGAAUGUUCUUCCAUUUGUUUGUAUCCUCUUUUAUUUCAUUGAGCAGUGGUUUGUAGUUCUCCUUGAAGAGGUCCUUCUCAUCCCUUGUAAGUUGGAUUCCUAGGUAUUUUAUUCUCUUUGAAGCAAUUGUGAAUGGGAGUUCACUCAUGAUUUGGCUCUCUGUUUGUCUGUUAUUGGUGUACAGGAAUGCUUGUGAUUUUUGUACAUUGAUUUUGUAUCCUGAGACUUUGCUGAAGUUGCUAAUCAGCUUAAGGAGAUUUUGGGCUGAGACAAUGGGGUUUUCUAGAUAUACAAUCAUGUCAUCUGCAAACAGGGACAAUUUGACUUCCUCUUUUCCUAAUUGAAUACCCUUUAUUUCCUUCUCCUGCCUGAUUGCUCUGGCCAGAACUUCCAGCACUAUGUUGAAUAGGAGUGGUGAGAGAGGGCAUCCCUGUCUUGUGCCAGUUUUCAGAGGGAAUGCUUCCAGUUUUUGCUCAUUCAGUAUGAUAUUGGCUGUGGGUUUGUCAUAGAUAGCUCUUAUUAUUUUGAGAUACGUCCCAUCAAUACCUAAUUUAUUGAGAGUUUUUAGCAUGAAGGGUUGUUGAAUUUUGUCAAAGGCCUUUUCUGCAUCUAUUGAGAUAAUCAUGUGGUUUUUGUCUUUGGUUCUGUUUAUAUGCUGGAUUACAUUUAUUGAUUUGUGUAUGUUGAACCAGCCUUGCAUCCCAGGGAUGAAGCCCACUUGAUCAUGGUGUAUAAGCUUUUUGAUGUGCUGCUGGAUUCGGUUUGCCAGUAUUUUAUUGAGGAUUUUUGCAUCAAUGUUCAUCAAGGAUAUUGGUCUGAAAUUCUCUUUUUUGGUUAUGUCUCUGCCAGGCUUUGGUAUCAGGACGAUGCUGGCUUCAUAAAAUGUGUUAGGGAGGAUUCCCUCUUUUUCUGUCGAUUGGAAUAGUUUCAGAAGGAAUGGUACCAGUUCCUCCUUGUACCUCUGGUAGAAUUCGGCUGUGAAUCCAUCAGGUCCUGGACUCUUUUUGGUUGGUAAGCUAUUGAUUAUUGCCACAAUUUCAGAACCUGUUAUUGGUCUAUUCAGAGAUUCAACUUCUUCCUGGUUUAGUCUUGGGAGGGUGUAUGUGUCGAGGAAUUUAUCCAUUUCUUCUAGAUUUUCUAGUUUAUUUGCAUAGAGGUGUUUGUAGUAUUCUCUGAUGGUAGAUUGUAUUUCUGUGGGAUCAGUGGUGAUAUCCCCUUUUUCAUUUUUUAUUGCAUCUAUUUGAUUCUUCUCUCUUUUCUUCUUUAUUAGUCUUGCUAGCAGUCUAUCAAUUUUGUUGAUCUUUUCAAAAAACCAGCUCCUGGAUUCAUUAAUUUUUUGAAGGGUUUUUUGUGUCUCUAUUUCCUUCAGUUCUGCUCUGAUUUUAGUUAUUUCUAGCCUUCUGCUAGCUUUUGAAUGUGUUUGCUCUUGCUUUUCUAGUUCUUUUAAUUGUGAUGUUAGGGUGUCAAUUUUGGAUCUUUCCUGCUUUCUCUUGUGGGCAUUUAGUGCUAUAAAUUUCCCUCUACACACUGCUUUGAAUGUGUCCCAGAGAUUCUGGUAUGUUGUGUCUUUGUUCUCGUUGGUUUCAAAGAACAUCUUUAUUUCUGCCUUCAUUUCAUUAUGUACCCAAUAGUCAUUCAGGAGCAGGUUGUUCAGUUUCCAUGCAGUUGAGCGGUUUUGAGUGAGUUUCUUAAUCCUGAGUUCUAGUUUGAUUGCACUGUGGUCUGAGAGACAGUUUGUUAUAAUUUCUGUUCUUUUACAUUUGCUGAGGAGAGCUUUACUUCCAACUAUGUGGUCAAUUUUGGAAUAGGUGAGGUGUGGUGCUGAAAAAAAUGUAUAUUCUGUUGAUUUGGGGUGGAGAGUUCUGUAGAUGUCUAUUAGGUCCACUUUGUGUAGAGCUGAGUUCAAUUCCUGGAUAUCCUUGUUAACUUUCUGUCUCGUUGAUCUGUCUAGUGUUGACAGUGGGGUGUUAAAAUCUCCCAUUAUUAUUGUGUGGGAGUUUAAGUCCCUUUGUAGGUCACUCAGGACUUGCUUUAUGAAUCUGGGUGCUCCUGUGUUGGGUGCAUAUAUAUUUAGGAUAGUUAGCUCUUCUUGUUGAAUUGAUCCCUUUACCACUAUGUAAUAGCCUUCUUUGUCUCUUUUGAUCUUUGUUGGUUUAAAGUCUAUUUUAUCAGAGACUAGGAUUGCAACCCCUGCCUUUUUUUGUUUUCCAUUUGCUUGAUAGAUCUUCCUCCAUCCCUUUAUUUUGAGUCUAUGUGUGUCUCUGCACGUGAGAUGGGUUUCCUGAAUACAGCACACUGAUGGGUCCUGACUCCUUAUCCAGUUUGCCAGUCUGUGUCUUUUAAUUGGAGCAUUUAGCCCAUUUACAUUUAAAGUCAAUAUUGUUCUGUGUGGAUCUGAUCCUGUCAUUAUGAUGUUAGUUGGUUAUUUUGCUCGUUAGUUGAUGCAGUUUCUUCCUAGCUUUGAUGGUCUUUACAAUUUGGCAUGUUUUUGCAGGGGCUGGUACUGGUUGUUCCUUUCCAUAUUUAGUGCUUCUUUCAGGAGCUCUUUUAGGGCAGGCCUGGUGGUGACAAAAUCACUCAGCAUUUGCUUGUCUGUAAAGUAUUUUAUUUCUCCUUCACUUAUGAAGCUUAGUUUGGCUGGAUAUGAAAUUCUGGGUUGAAAAUUCUUUUCUUUAAGAAUGUUGAAUAUCGGCCCCCACUCUCUUCUGGCUUGUAGAGUUUCUGCCAAGAGAUCAGCUGUUAGUCUGAUGGGCUUCCCUUUGUGGGUAACCCGACCUUUCUCUCUGGCUGCCCUUAACAUUUUUUCCUUCAUUUCAACUUUGGUGAAUCUGACAAUUAUGUGUCUUGGAGUUGCUCUUCUCGAGGAGUAUCUUUGUGGCAUUCUCUGUAUUUCCUGAAUCUGAAUGUUGGCCUGCCUUGCUAGAUUGGGGAAGUUCUCCUGGAUAAUAUCCUGCAGAGUGUUUUCCAACUUGGUUCCAUUCUCCCCGUCAUUUUCAGGUACACCAAUCAGACGUAGGUUUGGUCUUUUCACAUAGUCCCAAAUUUCUUGGAGGCUUUGUUCAUUUCUUUUUAUUCUUUUUUCUCUCAACUUCCCUUCUCGCUUCAUUUCAUUCAUUUCAUCUUCCAUCACUGAUACCCUUUCUUCCAGUUGAUCGCAUCUGCUACUGAGGCUUCUGCAAUCUUCGCGUAGUUCUCGAUACUUGGCUUUCAGCUCCAUCAGCUCCUUUAAGCCCUUCUCUCCAUUGGUUAUUCUAGUUAUCCAUUCUUCUAAUUUUUAUUCAAAGUUUUUAACUUCUUUGCUAUUGUUUUGAAUUUCCUCCCGUAGCUCAGAGUAGUUUGAUCGUCUGAAGCCUUGUUCUCUCAACUCAUCAAAGUCAUCCUCCAUCCAGCUUUGUUCCGUUGCUGGUGAGGAACUGUGUUCCUUUGGAGGAGGAGAGGUGCUCUGCUUUUUAGAGUUUCCAGCUUUUCUGCUCUGUUUUUUCCCCAUCUUUGUGGUUUUAUCUACUUUUGGUCUUUGAUGAUGGUGAUGCACAGAUGGGUUUUUGGUGUGGAUGUCCUUUCUGUUUGUUAGUUUUCCUUCUACCAGACAGGACCUUCAGCUGCAGGUCUGUUGGAGUUUACUAGAGGUCCACUCCAGACCCUGUUUGGCUGGGUGUCAGCACCGGUGGCUGCAGAACAGCAGAUUUUCGUGAGACCACAAAUUCAGCUGUCUGUCUGAUAGUUCCUCUGGAAGUUUUGUCUUAGAGGAGUACCCGGCCAAGUGAGGUGUCAGUCUGUCCCUACUGGGGGGGUGCCUCCCAGUUAGGCUGCUCAGGGGUGAGGGACCCACUUUAGGAGGCAGUCUGUCUGUUCUCAGAUCUCCAGCUGCGUGCUGGGAGAACCACUACUCUCUUCAAAGCUGUCAGUCAGACAGGGCCAUUUAAUUCUGAGGAGGUUCCUGCUGAAUUUUUGUUUGUCUGUGCCCUGCCCCCAGAGGUGGAGCCUACAGAGGCAGGCAGGCCUCCUUGAGCUGUGGUGGGCUCCACCCAGUUCGAGCUUCCUGGCUGCUUUGUUUACCUAAGCAAGCCUGGGCAAUGGCGGGCGCCCCUCCCCCAGCCUGGCUGCCGCCUUGCAGCUUGAUCUCAGACUGCUGUGCUAGCAAUCAGCGAGACUCCGUGGGCUUAGGACCCUCCGAGCCAGGUGCGGGACACAAUCUCCUAGUGUGCCGUUUUCCAGGCCCGUUGGAAAAGCGCAGUAUUAGGACGGGACUGACCCGAUAUUCCAGGUGCCGUCUGUUUCCCCUUUCUUUGACUAGGAAAGGGAACUCCCUGACCCCUUGCGCUUCCCGAGUGAGGCAAUGCCUCGCCCUGCUUCGGCUCGCGCACAGUGCGCUUCACCGACUGUCCUGCACCCACUGUUUGGCACUCCCUAGUGAGAUGAAACAGGUACCUCAAGCAGAAAUGCAGAAAUCACCCGUCUUCUGUGUCGCUCAGGCUGGGAGCUGGAGACCGGAGCUGUUCCUAUUCGGCCAUCUUAGCUCCACCCCCAUCUUUUUAUUUUUACGCUGUAAAAUUCUCUUAUAGCAAAAAUAGGCUUUAGAAAGGUCUUCUACUGUCUUGAGUGACCAUCUCAUCAAUACUUCCAGCUUCACCUGAUUGUCCAGUUAUCAAAAUAAAUAUCACUUGACUUUCAAAUGUAUGAACCAGCAUGUACCCCAUGGAUUCAAUCUUAUCUACCCCGUGGAUUCAGUCUUCUUAUCAGAAGGUUUUUUUAUGUCAAAAAAUCUGCUGUCAAGGCUUGAAGAGCCGGCACACUCAAUGGCAAACACAGCACCGAGUCUGCUCUGAAUCCUGGAGGAUCUGGCCCUCCUCUCAACCCCCACUUACAGUCACCAUCUUACAACUUGGGGCCACCUGGGAUCAGUCAUCAGUCGGGGUGUGUAAGCCUUGAACACCAGGUAGCCUCGGAAGUGAAAAGAUAAAUGUCCUAGAUAAUUACCUUAUUCAGUGUCCCCACCUUGCAGCCCAUUCCAACCACUUGGGAGCAUUUAAAACUCCAGAUGCCCACACCACACCCUGGGGCCACCCAUCAGACCUUCUGGAAGCAAGACCUGGGUCUCCAUAGCCCCCAAAAACUCCCUAGAUGAUUCUGAUGUGCAGCCAUAUCUGAGAGGCUCCCUUUAAAAAAGAACAUGGGUAGUACAUUGAGGAAUAUUUACAUUUUAUAAAAUGACUUAAAAAUUUGAAAGCAUUUUUGAGCAUUUCCAAUUAUAUGGAAGAAUUACUUCUACAGAAUAGUUUUUGCUCAUUAAACUUAAACAGAUGAAGCACAACUGUUACAGAAUAACAUGCUCCAAAUGAAAAUGUCUCAUUUCUGUGAAUUUCAUGAAGAACAGAACAUUUCUCGAGAAUCCUCUUGAGCCAGUAAUCAAUCCUGUCUCAAAAAAUGUUCUUUGCCAUUUCCUAGGUACUGCACAAAAGUGGCCAUGUCAACAUUUGUCCACCCACCCUCCAAUAAGCUGGAGAGAAAAAGGGACAUUCCAUCCCUGUACCCUUAGUAGUAGCCAUGACACGAUGGCCAGAUCAUGGACUCCAGAAAGCUUUCUGUUUUUUACUGGAAACGUAGCAAACCUUGAUUUAGCUCCAAGAAAUUGAGUAGGGAAAUAUUUGUUUGUUUUUUAGCAAUUGUCAUAGUAAAUAAAACUCUAAGCAAGUGUAUCCACAGUUCUUGGUUUUUGGUUUUGCUUUUGUCACUUACUGGAUACAGUUUAAGACUUCUCUCAACACAAGAUUUUCUCUCACGUAGAAACAAGCUAAUUUUGAAAAAAUGGAAAAUAAGUGGGGGCAAAUCCAUCCAACCUUUUUUUCUGUCACCCUUUUCUGCAUUUACCUUCUCAUGUAACCCGUGAGACGGCACCAAUGCAGUGGAUGAAGUCUAUCAUGGGAAGAUGAGAGACAGAGUCCACAAGAAAAGUUAGAAAAAAAAUUUCUAAUCGGCUGGAUUUAAAACAGAAUGUGAGCCCCUUGGAAUUGCUGCAGAAUCUUGCCACUCCUUUUGAGAGUGUGCCGGGCAGUCUUGCCCAUCUCAGCGUCUCUUUUUGGCCUGGGCUGUGCAGAACCACAUUAGGUUUGAAUGUGACCUCAGAGCCUCGCCUGAUGGAGGGGAGUGUGUAAACUAUUGUAUUUGAUUUUUGUAUGAGUUACUUUACCUGGAAAAAUUAACUUAUGCCACUUUAUAGGUAGAAAAGCUGGGGUAGAGAAUUAACUAAGCUGAUUUUCUGCCCUACAUCAGUCAGGGGAAGAAAAAAAUAAUAGAUUUACACAUCCCUUUGCAAGGCAAAAAGUGCAUCUACAAAUAGUAAAUUCUUAACCCAAAUUUCCUGACCAGUCUCUUACAUGUGGAUCACUUUUCUAUUAUUCGCCCUCCUGCAGGGUGGGUGGAUCAGCCUUUUUUGAGAUUACCCAACUAGUAUAUUACAAACCAGUACCUUGGUAUGCGCCGGGGGCCAUGGUGAACAGGAUAGACACAGUCGCUGGCCUUUAUGGCACUUACAUUCUGGAAAAGGAGAGAGACAAUGAUGCAUAACAAAUUAUGAUAUGAUUACAGACUGUGGUCAUGUCUAAGAAGGAAAUAAAUAGCCCGAUGUGGUGGCGUUAAUAGGACAGUACUUUAAGCGGUUGAGGAGCUUUGUGAACUGAAAUUUGAAGAAGAAGGAACAAGUCAUUAAAAUUCCUAGAAGGUCUGUCCAGGAGAGGUGACAGCAAGUGCAAAGGCCCUGAGGAGGGAAAGAGCAGAGACGAGGUCUGUGGUUGGAAUGGGAAAGUGAGCCAUGGGAAGUGAGCUUGGAGGAGUGAGCGGGGGCCAGAUCAUAUAAGGCCUCACGGGCCACAGCAAGGAGCUUCAUUUUCCUUGAAGAGAAAGAGAAUGCCACUGAGGGUUCACGGUGGGGUCUGGCAAGAUCUGAUUUAUAUUUGAAAGAUCACUGUUGCCAUGGAGGAUGGAUGGGAGGGGGGCAUAAAGGGAGGCUGGAAAAUCACUCCAGAAGCUACUGUAGUAAACCCAUGGAAGAUGAUGGCAGCAUGCACGUGGGAAUGGAUAUGCAGAAAAAUAGGCAAGCUUGAGCUAUACUUUGGAGGGAAAGUUGCCAAGUCUUGCUGAUGGGUUGGAUUCCCAGCUGAGGGAAAGGGGGAUAAAGAGCUUCACCUGCUGGGGGGAUGCUGGUGCCAUUUCUGGAGAUGAGGAAAGCAGGGAACAGAGCUGGCCUACAGAGUAAAAAUCAAGAGUGGUUUGACCGUGUGAAGUUUGAGAUGUCUGUGAAUUAGGUGGAAAUACCCAGUAACCUGUUGAACAUAAGAAUCUGGAGGUUGGGUUACGUCUGGGCCAGAGACAUAAAUUUGGGAGUUACAGUGGAGAGAUGUUAUUUAAUGCCACAGGUCUAAAUGAGGUCAUCCAGGGUGGGUAUACAUGAAGAGGGCCUGUGACCAAGGCCUACAGGAACUCCAACGUGUUUUCGGACAUGGCCGCAUGUGCUUUUCCACCUCUCCCACGGAGGGAUAGGGUCUGUGUAUUUAGGUGGACUUGUGAUUGCUUCAACCAAAAGAAUAUGAUGGAAGGGACACCAUUUGACAUUCAAAGCUAGAUCAUGUGGCCAUGCAGCUUCAACCUGGUUUGCUGGAACAUUCGCUUGGGGAGCCCUAAGUUGCCACGAAUGAAGCCCCACCACCCUGAGGCUGCUGUACUCCAGCUCACAGGACCAGCCGAGUCCACCUUCCAGCCAUGCCUGGGCACCAGACCAGCCCAUCUGUCAAAUGAAUGCCACUGAGUCACCUCCAUCAGUGCCAUCUGAAACAGAAGAAUCACCCAGCCAAACUAUGCCUGAAUUCCUGACUCACAGCACUGUGAAGCAGAGAGGAGAGAUCAACAAGGAAUGGAACAGCCAGGUGUGGUGGCUCACGCCCGUCAUCCCAACACUGGGAGGCCCAGGCCAGCAGAUCGCUUGAGGUCAGGAAUUCGAGACCAGCCUGGGCAACAUGGCAAAACCUCAUCUCUACAAAAAAUACAAAAAUUAGCCAAGCCUGGUGAUGCAUGCCUGGAGUCCCAGCUAUUCGGGAGGCUGAGAUGAGAGGAUCACUUGAGCCUGGGAAGCAGAGGUUGCACCACUGUGCUCCAGCCUGGGUGACAGAGCAAGACCCUGUCUCAAAACAAAAAACACAAACAAAACCCAGGAGAAUGUGUGGUCCCAGAAGCUCAGAGAGAACAUCCUAAAUUCCGCUAAAUAUGACUUACCACUUACACUUUCUACUUUUCCUAAUGUCAGUCUAUAUUUGAACCCAACUCUAAUAGGAGCUUGAUUUAGGACAUAAAAUGUUAACACAGUAUUUUAGUGGAUGAUACUUUAGGUUUGUACAACUAGAAUAAAGGGAAAUAGGCAUGCAUCACUGAAAAUGGUGAAUGGAGAAAGAUGAACAGCUGGACCUUUGACUAAACAAAAACAAAAAGCAAAUUCAUGCUCAGAAUAAUCUAUCAAGGCAAGUGUUAGGAACAAACAGACUGGCUGGGCACGGUGGCUCACGCCUGUAAUCCCAGCACUUUGGGAGGCCGAGGCGGGCGGAUCAUGAGGUCAGGAGAUCGAGACCAUCCUGGCUAACAUGGUGAAACCGCGUCGCUACUAAAAAUACAAAAAAUUAGCCGGGCGUGCUGGCAGGCGCCUGUAGUCCCAGCUACUUGGAAGGCUGAGGCAGGAGAAUCACUUUAACCUGGGAGUUGCAGUGAGCCGAGGUCCCGCCACUGCACUCCAGCCUGCGUGACAGAGCGAGACUCCUCUGUCUCAAAAAAAAAAAAAAAAAGGAACAAACAGACCAUCUAACUCCUUCACCUGGGACCAGGGAAUUCACUUGAAUGUGUCACAGCCCCUUACUAAUUGGUCCCCCCAUGAGAUCACAUCACGGAGCCUCUGCACGGAUGUCCAGCCCAGAGGAAUGAGGCCAGAGGCAGGAAAGGAUGAGAGCUGGACAUCAGGGAAGACUUCCCACUCGUAGACUUACCCGGAUCUCUCAGCAGGUGUGUGCAUAUGUGCAUGUGUGUGUGCAUGGCUCUUAGGAAAUUGCCACCUGGAUGAGAUUUUUAAAAUUUAUAAUUGAGGGGCCAUCAGAUUCAACACUCAGGUGAGGUCCAAAUAGAUUAUAGCCCAUGUUUUUCAGCUUCAAGGCCAGAGUAGUCACCUCCAUGCUGGCCUUUCACAAAAUGAAUCCCAUGGAAGGCUGGUCCUACGAGAUGCUCUAGGCACAAAAGAUUCCACAGGCUACAAAGUUUGGGUGCCGCUGCACGGCCGAUACCUCCUCUAGGAGAGUCAUUUUUCAAACCUCUGACCAAAGUCCUGCAGGUUAGAUAACUCUGUGUAAUUCAGUGUUUGCAAACAGUUCUCACUAGAGAUCCACUGUCAGAAAACAAGUGUUAACACAGAGAACCCACAUUACUCCAAAACUGCACUGCAGGUCAGGAAAAUGCAUGGCAUCAAGCUCUCUGCCUAGCAGACUGAGGAGCCCAGGCUCAUGGCAGGGACAGAACCAUCCAACAAGAUGUGUUCUCAGCAGUGACAACAUACCGGCAAAUAGAUGAGAAUAGAAAGACCCAACACCCACAAGUAGAGCGGACCUGAGAGACGAUAGGGGUGGCACUGCAGGCCGGGAGGGACAAGAUUCAACAACAUUCUCAGCAACUGGCUAACUCUACAGGAAAAAGAACGCUGGACUCUGUCAGAUGACAUCAUGUGGUCUUACAUAAGCACAAAAUGUGCUAGGAAAACACUGGUCAAUUGAACACCAUUUAUACACUUCUUUCAUCAAAAGUCAUCAUAAGAAAAUGAAAAGACAAGCUAAAAACAGAGAGAAGAUAUUUGUAGUAUAUUAACUAACAGAUAAUUAUUCUCUAAAAUAUAAAGAAUGUCAAAACUAUGAAAAGAUGCUCAAUCUCAUUAGUGAUCUGAGAGAUGCCAAAAUGAGAUACGAUUUUUAUACCUACUGGAUUAAAAAGUUAGGAAGUCUGACAGUGCCAAGCAUUGGUGAUAAUGUGGAACUGGGAACAAUAUAAAUGGCACAAGCAAUUUAGAAAAGAAUUUCAUGUUACCUUAUAUAAUAUUUCAGGCUUAUAAUUCUACUACUGAACAUGGAGCAUAGAGAAAUAAUUUCCUGUGUGAGCUGGAGACAUAUACAAUGCUCACAGCAGUACUUAGUGCAAAAACAAACCACCAAAAACAACCAGAAUAUCCAUCAAUAUUAGCCUAGACAAAAAAUGAUUUGUGACCGUCAUAAGUAGAUCCAAAUGAAUACAUAUAUUGUAAUAUAUUCAUUCAACGUAAACAACAGUUGGCCGGGUGCAGUGGCUCACGCCCGUAAUCCCAGCACUUUGGGAGGCCAAGGCGGGUGGAUCACUUGAGGCCAAGUUUGAGACCAGCCUGGCCAACAUGGUGAAACCCUGUCUCUACUAAAAAUAGAAAAAUUAGCCAGGCAUGGUGGCAGGUGCCUGUAAUCCCAGCUACUCGGGAGGCUGAGGCAGAAGAAUUGCUUGAACCUGGGAGGCGGAGGUUGCAGUGAGCAGAGAUCGCGCCAUCGCACUCCAGCCUGGGAACAAGAGUGAGACUCGUCUCAAAAAAAAAAGAAAAAAAAAAAGACACUGUGACUUCCUCCUUGCUAGCAGACUCUCUCUUGCUGACUUGAUGAAACAAGUUGCCAUGUUGACCAGGCCCAUGUGGCAAGGAAUUGAGAGAGGGUUUCAGCUAACAGCCAGCAAGUGGACCAGUCCAACAGCCCACAAGGAACUGAAUCCUGCUGAUAUGAUUUGGCUGUGUCCCCACCCAAAUCUCAUCUUGAAUUCCCAUGUGCUGUGGGUGGGACCCAGUGGGAGAUAACUGAAUCAUGGGAGUGGUUUCCCACAUACUGUUCUAGUGGUAGUGAAUAAGUCUCACCAGAUCUGAUGGUUUUAUCAGAGGUUUCCACUUUUCAGUCUUCCUCAUUCUCUCAUUUUUUGCCUGCCACCAUCCACGUAAGAUGUGACUUGCUCUUCCUUGCCUUCUGCCAUGAUUGUGAGGCUUCCCCAAGCCUUUCUUUUGUAAAUUGCUCGGUCUCAUGUAUGUCUUUAUCAGCAGUGUGAAAACGAACUAAUACACCUGCCAACAACGAGAGUGAUCUUGAAAGUGGAUCCUGCUCCAGCUGAAUCUUGACUGGCGCCUGUGGGAGACCCUGAAAUGGGGGACAGAGCUAAAUUGUGCCCAAAUUCCUGACCUACAGGAACUGUGAGAUGAUAAAUACGAAUAAAUAGGGGUUGCUUUAAGCCA